AUGUCAACUACCGCUGCAGAGUCCCUAGCCCUCGACUUGCGAGCCUCCCUUACGCCUAAUUCUAAUUUACUGGCCGACAUUCGCAGCUUUUGGUUCUCCCAUCUCCCUGACGAUGAGUCGAUCAUCCUACCCAAGAUGGACCAGUGGAGGCACUGGUUUCAAAGCAGUCCAGAAUUCGACCAACUCUGCGUGAAACAAUUCCAGCCCGCACUAGAGGCCAUCAAAACCACCAACCCGACCCCCGAGUCCCUCCUCGAGGCCGCCAACCCGCAAACCCCCGAAGACUGGCUCUGCCUCGUCCUCCUGCUAGACCAGAUGCCGCGAAACUGCUACCGCGGCCCCGCCUCCGCCGCCGUCUUCACCUUCUUCGACCCGCUAGCCCUGGCCAUCGCCCGCCGCGCCAUCUCCCUCGGCAUCCCCGAGUCGUCUCCCGGGAUGAAGCACCACGUCGCCCGCCGCUCGUGGUUCUACCUCCCGCUGAUGCACGCCGAGGACCUCGACGCCCAGGAACAUUCCUUGUGCGAGUACCAGCGCAUGAGAGAGGACGUCCGCGCCUUCAUGGCCAUCCCCAGCGCCACCGCUGCGUCUCUUGCCGGGGACGAGCGGAAAUGCCACGAGGUUCUGGUUCGGAAUAAAGAGGAUGCCGAUAAGGUGCUCGAUAUGGAGUAUGAUUUCGCGGUGAGGCAUCAUGUCAUUGUUGCUCGCUUCGGGCGCUUCCCGCAUCGGAAUGGGCCUUUGGGUCGUGAGACUACACCCGAGGAACGCGAGUAUUUGGAGAAGGGGGGCGAGACCUUUGGCUCGAGCGGGUGA